UGCAAUUACAACAUGAAACCACUAGUGUUACUGUCCACUUUGGUGGCACUGGCCUCUGCCAAACCUGAAGCUGGCUACAGCUAUAGCCCCCCGUCUAGUUCGUACGGAGCUCCAUCCGGCGGCGGUGGAGGUGGAUUCUCUAGCUCUGGAGGCGGCUUCGGAGGAGGAAUAGGCGGAGGUGGCGGCGGAUUCGGAGGCGGUGGCUUCGGUGGAGGCGGAUUCGGAGGCGGUGGCAUCGGAGGCGGCGGUCUCGGAGGCGGCGGUCUCGGAGGCGGCGGUCUCGGAGGCGGCGGCGGCGGAUUCGGAGGCGGCGGCGGUGGAUUCGGAGGAGGUCUUGGAGGAGGCUUCGGAGGAGGCGGCGGCGGCGGCGGCGGUGGAGGUGGUGGAUUCGGAGGUGGUUUCGGCGGCGGCACCACCGUCCAGAAACACAUCUACGUGCAUGUUCCUCCACCAGAACCUGAGGAGUUCAGGCCGCAAAGACCCAUCUCUGUUGGACAGGCACAGAAGCACUACAAGAUCAUCUUCAUCAAGGCACCAAGUGCACCAACCCCAACUGCUCCAAUAAUCCCAGUACAACCACAGAACGAAGAAAAGACCCUAGUCUACGUCUUGGUUAAGAAACCAGAAGACGCACCAGAAAUCAAUAUUCCAACUCCAGCACCGACGCAGCCUAGCAAACCUGAGGUCUACUUCAUCAGAUACAAGACUCAGACUUCCGGAGGCGGCGGAGGUUUCGGUGGUGGCGGCGGCGGCGGAGGCGGUGGUUUUGGAGGUGGUAUUGGAGGUGGACUCGGAGGCGGACUCGGAGGCGGACUUGGAGGUGGACUGGGAGGCGGACUUGGAGGUGGACUGGGAGGUGGAAUUGGAGGUGGAAUUGGCGGUGGCAUUGGAGGAGGAAUUGGAGGUGGACUCGGUGAUGGACACGGAGGCGGUAUCGGUGGAGGUAUCGGAGGCGGCCAUGGAGGCGGUGGCGGCGGUGUAUCCACAAGCUACGGACCCCCCGGCAAAACCGGUGGCCCCUACUAGGCACUUACUAAGUUACCUCCGCGACGGCUGAGCAUCCUCUUCGGUCGUCGCAACUCCCCCCACCUAAAAAAAAAGAUGAAACGGUGAUGCCGAUUCGUCCGGAAUUUCCCCAGAAAUCGGGACGAGUCAUUCCCGUGCGGCGUUUUCGAUAAAAUUGUGGAAUUCUGUGUUUAAAGACUAAAAAAAGUUCGCCGUAUCAUUUGGGAGGAUUUUGUAGUUUUAUCGGGAGCGUUUCAUGUUGUAAAUAUCGUGCAAUAUAUUAAUGUUACAUAUUUUAUAUUUUUGUAUAUUUUUUGUAUGAAUACGGUGACAAAUAAAUGUAUUU